ACAGCUGCAGGGGGCGCCAGAGAGCAAGCAGCGCCCCUCUCCCAAGCCCAGGAGGAAGUCCCGGCCCCAGCCCGGCCCUCACCUUGGGGAGCCUGGCCUGAGAGCACUGCUGGACGGGUGAAGCAUUCUUGAAGUGUCGUGGCCUGGUGAAGAGAACGGAAGGCCAUGGAGAAGAAGGCUCUGGUCUCUACCAGGCUGACCAUAUGCAACCCCCCGCUGCAGUCAGAGCUGCCAGAGCCUUCGGAGCUGCCGGGGCCAUCGGAGGUGCCAGGGCCGUCAGAGCUGCCAGGGCCCUCGGAGCUGCCAGGCCCAUCAACUGGAGGGAUUUACCAACAAGUCAACAACCUCCUGAACAUCGUGGAUGAGGAUGACCAGGAGAGCAACUGUCUGAGCAGCCAGGAGGGCCCUGGGUCGAAGAUGCGCAAGGCCCUGGCCAGCAUGAUCAUCAUCCAGAAAGCCAACGCGGAGCCCUCGGAGGUCAUGAUGGCGCUCAUCCGCAGUCUGCAGCUGGAGGAGAUCUCCAUCAAGAGGAAGAUUAGCAUCUACACCAUUCUCCAGGGCAUCAUCCAGCAGGAGGGGGAGCUGGACGAGGAGUGUGUGCAGACUCUGGUGAACCUGGCCUCCAGGGAGAUGCGGGAGAUCCAAGAGAUCGAGGGCUACAUCCUGGCAGAGACAGCCAGUGACACGUUGGUGGCUCUGUCCCGAAACCACUUUAACCUUGUCAUGUAUGAGCUGCAGCACCAUCUCAAACCCCUGAUCCUGACCGAUGAGUUCGUCCUCAUCACUCUAGCCAAUUUGGCCAAUGCCAAUGUAUUUGAGUUUAUGCCCUACAUGGGGAUCACACUGGCCACCAUCUUCACCAUGUUGAGACUGGCCAAUGGAGCUAAGAUGCGCCAGGUAUUUUGCAGUGCCAUGGAGACGUUCUGUGAGGCGAUCCAGUUUUACCUGAAGCACUGGGAGGACAGCGUGUACCCCAUCAUGACCGGGGAGCACUUCAUGAACAAGCUGCUGCCCAUGUACCGCCACUUCGUCACCGUGUGGCUCCGGAGCGAGAACACGGAGGUCAAGCUGGCCGUGAUCAAGUCCCUCCGGCCCAUGCUCAGCCUCCUGCUGCCCAUCGAGGAGCUGCGGGAGCAGGUGUACGACUACAUCCCGCUGCUCCUGGCGGAGUACCAGGGCAACGUGGAGGCCCUCUUCAUCACCCAGAUCCUGAGGCAGAUCCUGGAGGUGUCCGUCUCCAGCAACACGCCCGUCCCCAAGAUGCAGCUCCACACCAUCUUCAGCGAGCUGCACACCCAGGUCUGCUCCAAGGCCCCCGUCCUGCAGCAGUUCAGCAGCGAGAACCUGGCCGAGGUGGUCCAGUGCUUCAUAGCUCUGGCCCGCUCGUACCCGGAUGAGCUGAUGAAGUUCUUCCGCCACCAAAUGCAGACGGGGAAGGAGGCUGUGCGUGUGGGGACGCUGACCCUGCUCCGGGCGGUCCUCAGUGCCGAUGUGCCCGAGAUGAACAACAGGACCCUGCACUUUGCUGUCAAAGUGGUCCGAAAUGCCCUUUGCGACCCCCGGGCUAAGGUGAAGCUGGCCAUUCUCCGGGUCAUUGGUCAGCUGGCAAUCUCAGGCUACCAGGAAAGGGUCCGAGGCUGGGGCCUGCGAUAUGUUUCCCUGCAGCUUAUAUUAUCUACCUACAAGCUGAUGAAUCGUCAAGAGAGCUGUUCUCAGGCUGACCUGGAAGAGAAGAUGGUUCAUAAGGUCACCAUGGACACCGUGAGGAUCAUCACAGCCUCUGUUAGUGGUGUGAUCAAUGAAUUCUGGCUGAAACUCCUGGGCUACAUCAUGGAGACGGAGUACAUCGAAGCCCUCACCCCCAUCUGCAUCAGCCUGACCAACCUGGCGGAGCGCCAGCGCCAGCAGAAAGAGGCCAACGCCAAUGUGGGCAGGAGCGGGCAAGUGGAACUCCCCGCUCCGCAGAGGCUGCUGGCCCGGCUCCUGGUGCUUCUCUCAGCCCCUUACAAAGGGGAGGGACGCGGGGUGGCCAUGCUCCACCUCCUCAAGACCCUGCACCAGAGUAUCGCCCCCUCCAUGGCGGACCUCUGGGACGUGGAGAUUCCUCUUCUGAUCCAGUACCUGGAAGAGCACACUCAGUACACGUGGAACCAGAAGAUCUGGGAGGACAAGCUGAUCCAGUUUCUGAGAAACUCCCUCAAGAGGACGCAGGGCACCCCCUGGAGCCUGAGGCUGAGCCGGGAGCUGAACCACCAGAUCGUCAGCUAUGAGAGCCCCUCUGUGGAGAAGGCCUUCCUGUACCGGGCGCUGGGCUCCACGCUGGCGGUGGGGCAGGAGGCAGACAAGGUGGAGGCCCAGCUCAUGGAGCUACUGCACAAGACCGAUUACAGCAACGACUUUGACCGAGAGGGAGCAAUCCUUUGCCUGGGACUCUGUGCCAGGGGUCAAGUGGUCACCGUGCUCAAUGUGCUCCACGAGUUUGAAGAGAAAAUUCAAGAGACGGAGGAUUCCUGGCACAUUAGUGCCUGGAGGAGUGACCACCCCUGGCGGAGGGAGGUGGUGAAGAGUGCCCUCAUGGUGAUGUACAGCAGCGUGGCUGCCUACUGCCAUCCGAAGAUGCUCCUGCCCCGAGUAGAGAGGGAGAUCACCAAGAAGGUCCUGCAUCACUAUGCCACCAGCUGCCAGGACGUUUCUCUGAAGAUGGCCUUCAUCCAGAGCAUUAUCCAGAUCUGCCUGGCCCUCCAGGGUUUGGGCAAGCCAGACUUCGAUUAUAUCUGCAAGCCUGAGCUCACCACUAACCUCAUUGCGAUCCUCAAGAUGGAGCCGCUGGACUCUCUGGUGUCUCCUGUGCGCUAUCUAACGAUGACUGCACUCUGGCAUCUCAGCAAAUUGAGGCCUCCUUUCACCUUGGAGGAAAACCACGAGUUGAUGGACAGGAGUCUCCAGUGUGUGUUCCCUCUCCCGCCCCCAGGAGAGGACAGUGAACAGGUUCAGACGCUAUACCAGAAUUCCAUGAAUGCACUGAUGGUGCUGAUGGAAAGCCUUCUGGAAAGAGAGAUGGAUCCCAAGGGCCUGCAAGAGAUAUUCCAUCUCCUCGAGAAGUGGUUACAUUCGGAGAAAGACUGGGAGCGCGAGAGAGCGGUCACCCUGAGCCUUCGUCUCCUGCAAGUCUAUAGGGAGGGCGUCACCAUCCUGAUCCCCCUGAAAUCUGGCCAGUUUGGCACUCUGAUUGGACUCCUGGCUCCACAUACCUGUGAUUCUGAAGUGAAGACCCGCCAGGCCACUGUCGAUGUCAUCUGCUGCCUUUUAGACCUCCAGGCCCGGCCCUGGUCCAUACAGGACACGGCAACCGAGAAGGAGCUGCUGGACAUCAAGGAAGAACUGAAGACAAGUGACAUGGACAAGCUCUAUUCCUUGUCCUCCAGGAUUGCCAAGGUGAUCAGCAAGGAAGUGCGGUGGGAGGAGCUGGUCAUCCUGUUCCAGAGCACCUGUGAGAGCCUGGGGGCCACCAACCUCUCCCAUGACAAGGCUGCUGUCAUCUGGCUCAACACCAUCCUCAUGCUUCGGGGGCACGAAUUAGAGGACAAGGUGCCAGAGAUCCUAAGCACCAUCUUGGCUCACCUGCCCUCUGUGGGCCACCCAGAUGUGCGGCGUCCCCUGGUGGAGGCUGUGCUUUUGCUGGCUCACUCCUACCAGGAGACAGUCAUCACCUCCCUCUUGAGGCAGCCACUGCCUCUAGACAGCAAUGUCACCGAGUUGUGGGAGGCUCUGGCAGAAGAUACGGCCUUUGCUCAGAAGAUCCUGCAUGCCCUGAUGGCCAGGAUCCAGGAGAAGAAAGCCCCCAGGAGCCGGGCCACCUCCAAAAAGGAUGUGUGGCGGCUGGCUGCCGUGGACCCCAUCACGGCGGUGUGCGCCCUCCACAAGAUCACCAUGGCCCUGGACAGCAGGGAGAAGCUGCAGGACAUCUUCCCAGACCUGUCCUGCACAGUCCUCCAGGAGCUGAGCAGCACUUUGGAGCCCUCGCAGGCCUCCCUGCCACCGGACUCCUGGGGGGUCAUCCAGACUGGGAACCUGCAGAACAAAACCACGCCGCGCAGGCUCACAGUCAAGACCCUGCAGGGCAUAAUGAGUCGCACUGGGAAUGAGGAGAUGAUGCAGAGCCUGAUGGAGCAGAGGGUUUGGACCCUCCUGGAGGACCCCCGGACACACAUUGAUGGAGUCUGUCUCCUGGCCAGAGCCAUGGUCCUGCACGUCAGCUCCCAUAGCCAGAGGUUUGCUCAGCUGCUUCUCCCAGGCCUAGACUCGGAGUUCUUGCCCUGGCGCCUCAGCACCACGGCCUUCUUCAUGGAACUCAUGUGUGACUCAGUUCUCCACCGAAAGAAGAUGCUGAAGCCCACGAUUUUCAAGCUGGCCAAGGGAGCCAGCCACAUCCACAGCACCCUGCGCCUGCUGUCCACCCGGGCCCUGGGCAACCUGGCCAUCGGGGCUCCCAGCAAGGUCAAACAGUACCGGAAGCUGCUCCUGAAGAAGUUUCUGUGCUCCCUCAGUGACCCCAUCAGCACCCAGGUGAUCGCGGAGACCAUGGUGGCGCUGUCCAAGGUGCUGGGGCUCAUAGGCGAGGAUGACUUGGGCUCCUCCUUCGAGGUCAUCUCCAUGCAGUGCAGGGUCUUCCUGGACGAUGAGGACGAGUCACUUCGCUUGCAGGCCUUCAUCCUGUUUGGGAAGCUGGCCGUGUUGGCCGUGAAGAAGAAGGACUUCUUCCUGCAGGAGAUCAGGAAGAGCUGGAUCCCCCUGAUCCUCCACCUGCAGGACCCCAGCCCCGAAGUGGCCAAGGCCUGCGAAGCCACCAUUAGUCUGUGCAUUCCCUUCUGGGGCUGGAAGAGGCUGCAGAUCUCCUUAGAGAAGUAUGUCAGCCAAGGCCUGGACCUGAGCCUCUUCCAAAUGGAGAUGUGCAGUUACCUGGCCAGGAAAGACCCUGCACUCUUGGACAUCUUUUGUGCAGAAGCCAUUGGCUACUACGACAGCGAGUGGGCCAAGAUUAAGGCGGCGGCCUGUACCUUUACAGGGUAUGUUCUGGAGCAGAUGGUCCCCCUGAACCUGGGGGAGAUGGACUUGGAGCGGCUGCACCAGUGUCUUGAGGCACUACAGAUGGACCCUGAGGUCAUUGUCCAGAAUGCUGCAAAGGAGACUCUUUCUGUUCUCCGGGAGAGGGAGCUCAAGGAGAAGGAGAAGAUAUCUGAGACCCUGAGGGAGGAAUCUGCCCCCCAAGAGCCAUAGCUGGUGGGCUCCUGCCUUCUUCCUUCCUAGGAACACUUGCUAUUGAAUGGGACAGACUCAAGUUUUAGGCUUGUUGUCAUUUGAGAAAGGCUUGACCUGCCUCCCCAAGUCUGGGGCCAUCUGGGGCAGUGGUGUUCAGGGCAAGUGGGCACCCUGGCCUUGGCCUCAAUGCUCCUUGAAAGGGAGCCAGCAUUAGAGCUGAGGAUGCUCUGGCAAGGAGGGGGAUGGACAAAGAUGGAUGAGGAUGGAGAGGCGGCAAGUCCAUCCAUGGGCAGGAGAGUCCCUGACUGGUAACUACCUACACAUUUGUCUUAUUUCUCCUCCUCCUUUUUCCUCUGUCUCUCUCCUUGUUCUCCUCCUCAAUGCAUUUGGGCCCCAGGAGAGGCCUCCAGGACACUAAAUCUCUUGGCCUCAAGUGCUUGGAAUAUUCAUCUUCCAACUAAAAUAACUACAGAGUGGACUGCCCAGAGUCUUGACCUUGAAGGAAGAAUCUGGAACUUUGGCUGACGUGUUGGCUUAACUUUCUGCUUCAGAGUACCAUAUUGGCACUGACCAUCUGGCCCACCUUAGGUUCAGCUCUGAUGCUGGCUCAUGACUGAGGUUAGCUAGAUUCUCCUAGGUAGGAAGAUCCCUCUCUGGAGCUGCCUAUCUCCUUCAAGUCUGAGCUGCCCACAUCUGGAGGGGAUUUCCUGGGUUUUUCUCUGGGGCCUCUGGGGCACGAGUCCCAUCAAUCAGAGAUUUUGUCUAGUUUUUGUCUGAACUGUUUGUCUUGGCAAAGACCCUUCUCCAGGCUUUCUUGGCGUUGGGUUUUCAUGAUGCAUACUUUGUUUUUAUUCUUGGUGGAUUCUAAUAAAGUUUCUUUCUGUGA